GAGCUGAAGAGCAAUAAAACAACACUGACUGAAGAAAGGAGGAUGUCGCUGACGAUCUCCAGAGCCGAGGGGGUGACCGUGUUCACUGUCACCUCCAACCCCAAAAGCAAGUGGCCGCUGAUUUGCCAGCUUCUGAGCACCUUGUGCUGCAGUCCGGUCUGCUCUGUGUCUCAGAGCAUGAAGCAGCAGCUGGGCAGCAUUAACAAAGUUCUGGGGACUCUACAGAUUCUGUUUGGAAUACUCAGUGUGGUCGUUUGGUGUAUCUUCAUAGAUGGUCCCAUCUUCACUUAUGCUUGGGUCAGCAUCUUUUUGUUUGGUGGAGUGUUAAUUGCAGCUGGCAUCACAUGCAUCCUUGCUGACAAGUUUCCCAGUCCAUGCCUGGUGAGCUUUAUGGUCCUGGUGAAUCUAGUCAGUGUUGGACUGGCUGUAACUGCCAUUGUGUUCUGUUCAGUGGCGUUGAGACUGAUGUAUUUUGAUAACAACUGUAAUCCAGUUGAUUACUUAUAUUAUAGUUUUCAUCAUGAGAAGAUAACAACAGUAUCUCCUCUGAAGAAAGCUCAAAUUAAUGAGCUGCUGGAGGAAUGUGAGCGUUACCAGGACAUGCUGAAGUUUGUGCAGGGAGGAGUGGAAAUCAUGACGAUUGUGUUUGCCAGCCUUCAAAUUUGUCUCACUAUCAGCUCGUGUGUUCUGAGUCUGAAGGCUCUGUUCAAGAAGAAGAAAGGAGAUGAAAUGGAGGAUCCUGAAUUUUACAAGCUGCUCAUGGAGGAAGGCCUGACCAGCCCUGCAUGUUAAACACUUUCAAUCCCCAUAAUUCACGUAAUUCCAGAAUUUCUAUACAGCACUUUCCUGUAGUCUUUGUGUUCUGUAAUGUUCUAUAUUCUAAUGAGAGACAUUAUUAUUACUGUGAUCUUCAUUACGGUACUCUCUUAAAAAUCUGUUCUUUAAGGGUUCUUUAUUAAAAACAACAGUGUUAUAAAGAACUAUGACAACUCAAAGAACCAUUUCAUGCAUAAAUGGAUCUUUGCAUCGUUAAAUGGUUCUUCGCUAUGAUGGAAAACAUGCAGUAAAUGGUUCUGUGAAGAACCUUUUAAAAUGGUCAUAUAUAGCACCAUAAGCGUUCUGCCGUCAUAGAACCUUUUUGGUACUGUAUAGAACGAUUUUUGCUGAGAAUGUAGUCUGGUUCACACAUUUUGAUCUUUCACAUGUGCUACAUAUAUGUAACCAUGAUUUCAUGAACUUAAAUAAAGAAGAAAUGCAUGUU